AUGACGUCGCCGUGCCUUGCCCAGGCCAUCCCGCUCCGCACCGCACACGUCAUCGCUCUCCACUCCCCGCCCACCAACAACAGGCGCCCACCUCGGCCCAGGCCCGCCGUGUCUGCCUCCUCGGCCCCUAGCACACCGUACCCGGAAAACACCGCGCCCCGCUUGCCCACACCCAGCAACAUCUUAUCCAUCGGCAACGCCGAGCGCCCACUCUACCUGCACCCACCGUACGUGAUGUGCCCCCACGCGCCCGUGGGUCCCGCGGAGGAAAAGAAUAGACAGACGCGCGCGCGGGAACAGCGCCUCAAGAUAAAGCGCCUCAGGAUAAAGAUAAAGCGCUUUGGCUCUGCACGCUCACCACUCGCCGCUCGCCGCCUCGACCCCAGCCCGCCCAGCCCACGCCCGCGCGUUCGUGCUAGCCCAGCCCGACUGAACAAUUCGCGUCUACGCGAAUAG